CGGCUGCCCAGACUUCGGCGGCCCGAGACGGUGAUGCAGAGUGCUAUGUUCUUGGCCGUCCAGCACGACUGCGUACCCAUGGACAAGAGCGCAGGCAGCGGCCCCAAGAAUGAGGAAAAGCGGCAGAAGAUGAAACGGACGCUCCUAAAAGAUUGGAAAACCCGUUUGAGCUACUUUUUGCAAAACUCCUCUACUCCUGCGAAGCUCAAAACCAGCAAGAAAAACAAACAGCAGACUUUCAUCAAGCCUUCUCCUGAGGAAGCACUGCUGUGGUCAGAAGCCUUUGAUGAAUUGCUAGCCAGUAAAUAUGGACUUGCUGCAUUCAGGGCCUUUUUAAAAUCUGAGUUCUGUGAAGAAAAUAUUGAAUUCUGGUUGGCUUGUGAAGACUUCAAAAAAACGAAAUCACCCCAAAAACUGUCCUCAAAAGCAAGGAAAAUAUAUACUGACUUCAUAGAAAAGGAAGCUCCAAAAGAGAUAAACAUAGACUUUCAGACCAAAACUCUGAUUGCCCAAAAUAUACAAGAAGCUACAAGUGGCUGCUUUACAACUGCCCAGAAAAGGGUCUACAGUCUGAUGGAGAACAACUCCUAUCCCCGUUUCUUGGAAUCAGAAUUCUACCAGGACUUGUGUAAAAAACCACAGAUCAACACAGAGCCCCAUGCUACAUGAGAUGAAAGGAGGAAUCCAGAAACGGAGGACAUUUCAUCUUUUUUCCUAAGGGGAAAGGCUAGGACCUGCCA